CCACUUCCGUUUCUUUCCUUCUCGGCAGCUGCUGCUGAAACAGUUACCCUAGAAAGGCUGCUUCAUCCCCUCUCUCUCUCCCCCCCUUUCUCUCUCUAAAGGCUUUAUGCGAUCAUCUGCUCCAGCUAGGCUUUAGAACCUAGCGUCUCCGCCGAGUCAAAUCCAUUUGAAUCGGAUUUUCAAGUUGGGGAUUUUGUUUUCUUCCGAUUUCAAUCUGAUCUGCUACUAUCAUAUUGGGAGAGUGUAGGAGUCGGGACAGCGUGAAGCAUCUUUGAGAGCUCAAAAUGCCUAAGGAUAGGAGGGGACGUUCUGUUUCUCGUGAUCGGUAUAGAGCAUCUCCUUAUCCAUGCAGCUCCAGUCCUACAAGGCGGUUGUUGCCCAAAAUUCCUUCAGAAACUGAGGACAAUUUGAAAGAAUGGGAAGAAGCCAGAUGCCCCGUUUGCUUGGAGCAUCCACACAAUGCUGUUCUCCUAAUAUGUUCAUCCUAUGGGAAAGGGUGCCGCCCUUACAUGUGUGACACAAGCUACCGCCAUUCAAACUGUCUAGACCAGUACUGCAAGUCAUUUUCGGCAGAAACCUCACCAACUAUCCCACCAGAAGGAGCAACUCAGAUUUCAGAUACUCAGUUGUCUCCAUCUGAAACUCUUGAAUCAACAAUUACUCAAGUGCAAAAUGAGAGUACAAUUGAGGAUGAGCUCUCCUCCAUGAAUUCCGUAUCUUGUGAGCAUCAGGCAGAGCCGAAGCUUGUGUGCCCCCUCUGCCGUGGGGAGAUAACAGAUUGGAUUAUUGUGGAGCCUGCUCGUUGUUUCAUGAAUGCAAAAUCAAGAAAUUGUUCUUGUGAGACAUGUAAUUAUAACGGAACCUAUGCAGAUCUCAGGAAGCAUGCGAGGCUGGAGCAUCCAUUAGUGCGCCCAUCAGAGGCAGACCCAGAGCGACAGCGUAGCUGGAGGAGUUUGGAGCGGCAGAGGGAUAUUGCUGACCUGUUCAGCUCAAUCCAAUCUUCAGUUGGAGAGGAUAGGGGUGAUGAUAGCAGUAGUUUGCCGGCUGAUGACGGUGCGGGCUGGCUAACCAUAUUCUUUCUAGUUAGAGUAGUUCGACCUGGGUCCAGUUCGAGGAGCAGCAGCUGGUAUGGAACCACAAGAACCAGAGCACAAGUUAGUAUGAGAAGGAGAGCAAACAGACUAUGGGGGGAGAGCUACGAGGGCGAAGCUGCAUCUUCAACCGUAGAAGAGGAUAACGAGUCUUCAGACGGUGACUCAGGUGUUAGGAGGCGCAGUGCGCGCCUCAGGCGACGGACAACACCAGACAACAACCAGCCAUGAUUGCAUACGUUUGCGAGAUCAGUGAAUCUGUUUCUUUUCCAUCGUCCUUGUUUUCCCGAAAGGUUUGAAAGUAAGUUUGGUCCAAUUCUGUGUUCAGCAGCUUUCAGUAGCUUACUGAUUGUUCUUCCUUCACAUUCUGUAAACGAACCAAAGAUUAUAAAUAUGAUGCUGAGAGAUAUAUUGAAGAAAUGUAUUUAUGUGUUUAUUUCGCAGGACAUUGCGUAUUUGUAAUUUUUCUCCGGCAAUUAAUGAGAGUACCUCUUCGUACCGCGAGAGAUUUACAUGAAA